GGGGAUGUAUGUGCAUGUAUAACAAGCAUAUGCAACAGUAUGAUUUCUAUUUUUUUCCUAAAUUCUGAAUUUUAAUAUUUCUUUCUAAUAUAUGAUCACGAUUCCAACUCAAUCCCAUAGUAAAGCUUCUGCUAACUUAAUAGAGAGGACUUUGCCAGUAAGUGUUUGCAGAGAACAGAACAGACACGUAGUUGUGCAGCAAUGCUGUAAGCAUGUGUCCAGCCAUGCGAGUCAGUUUGUGCUGGAUGCAGGUUCUGUGUAUCCCACACACGAUAGUCUGCCUAACACCCCAGCCUUGGAAAUCACACCCAGAGGCAAUGACUGCACCCUGCAGGGUUUAUUAAUACCACCUCCGAAAGUGAGAGGGUGCUCUGGCUUUAGUGAGGGCUCUCUAUAACCAUUCUAAGUACUUCAGAUCCAGGAAUCAACCUUCAGAGCCUUUUCUUGGUGUAUGACAUUCAUCCUGGUGACACUCAAGUAGCACACUGCUGAAGGACAGCCGGGGCACAUCUAUAUUUGUGCCAUUGCUCAUUGCUGGCAUGUCCCUAUCGCAGCAAAGAGGCAGGCUAGGGUUACUGCAAUGCAUCUCCCAACUGCAGUCAUAGGAAAGUGGCGAGCAAUUGCUUUCGUGUGAAUUAAUUUUUACUAGGGGAAAUAGAAGUGAACUUUGAUUCCAUCUGAGCUAUCAGAAGAAUUUAUGACGUCUUAAGAUAGAAGGCAAGUUUUUAGAUUGAGACUUGACAUCUCAAAAGCCUUGCUGAGGAUACCAAUGUCAUCCAGAUCUGGCAGCACAAGAGAGUAUGAAACUAGUAGCCAGUCACGUGGCCGUUCAGCUUCCCCACCGGUCCCAGAGUCCAGUGAGACAGAGUCUGAAGGUUUGAUAUUUUAUCACAUGGAUCUUUAUGGAUCAAAGGAGAGGUUUGAUAUCUUUCCUGAAGAGCUGUCUGGUCGAGAAGACAGAUCUCUGGGGGAUACAAGAAGAGAAUCUGUAUUGAGUAGUGAAAAAGUUCAGUGCUCACAAGAAAUUGGCUACGACAUGGAAAAGGAGGUUGCAGAGCUGGCUAAGAUGUAUGGACUUGAUGAGGAUAAAGAAAAAGAGCUUGAGCUUCUUGGAGGACGUGUGGAGAUGGAGAGCAGAUGGCCACCUGCUCGCACAAAAAAAGCAGGAUCACAAGGCUCCAUAUAUAACACAUCAAAAAGCAGCACUUCAGUGAAAGAUCAAAGUCAAAGCACAAAGCAACAAGGACUUCCUGGCGAGGCUUCUCAAGAUGAAGAUCAGAGCAAAACCAUAGCAGAUGAUGAGGUUGAGAGCAACAUAUGGUCCAGAGAGGGGCUUAGCAGUGGCGGCAUGUCAGAUGAGUGGAACAGUCAGGCUGUCAGUGAGGAGCAGGAGGAGGAGGAAGAGGAGGAAGUGGCAAAUGUUUUUUGUUCUACCUGCAAGAUACCCAUCCGAGCUUUUGACAAACUGUUUGGUGAGCACAAGGAUCAUGAGGUGACUCAACUGCCCAAUGCCUUGGAAAGUGAAAAGGAAGAGAUUCAUAAAAACAUGUGCAAGUUAGAAGAACAGAUUGCUCAGAUGGAAAAUGUUGCCAGUCAUUUGGAGGAAAUCUUCCUCACUGUAGAGGAAAAUUUUGGGAGGCAGGAGCAGAACUUUGAGGCGCAUUACAACGACGCAGUACAAGUGCUUGCUCAAAAGUAUGAAGAACAGCUGGAAGCACUGGGGGAAGAGAAGAGGCAGAAGCUGGAAGCUCUAUAUGAGCAGCUGGUCAGUUCUGGGAAACUUCUCGACACCUGCAAGGAACUGACAGACAAAACUCAUGAACUUUUCCUGGAAAAUGACAAAGCUGAAUUUAUGAAGGCAGCAGUAACCAUGGUUGACAGGCUGGAAGAAUUCUUAAAGCAAGAAGUGAAUUUAGAGCUUUCAACACUGCCAGACUUUGAAGAGCGGGUCAUAGAUUUCUCUGAAGUUGAACAACUAAUGAACUCCAUUAAUGCUAUUCCAGCUCCUUGUGCCCCUGUGAUCAAUCCCCAGGCUCCAAAUGCAGCAACUGGCACCUCACUGAGAGUUUGCUGGGGCCUCUUCUCAGAUGACACUGUGGAGGGAUAUCAACUGUGCUAUAAACCAGUGAGCAACGAGAGGCACAGUGAUGAGCGGGCAGAGCAUACCCUAAAAGUCAAAGAAACAUACUGCACCAUUACUAAUCUGUUGCCGAAUACACAGUAUGAAUUUUGGGUCAGUGCUUUAAAUGCCUCUGGUAUCAGUCCACCAAGUGAAAGAGCAGUUUAUGUGACAGCUCCUUCACCACCUAUCAUAAAGAGUAAAAAGAUCCGAAGCUGUGAAAAUGCAGCACUGGUGUGCUGGGAAUCUGGAGACAUCAACCCUGUCGAUUCCUACACGGUUGAAUUGCACAAGCUGACGGAUGAAGAAAAUGAUGAUAUUAUUACUGAAUCUAUUGUUGGGAUUCCUAACUGUGAAGUCCUAAUUCACCUCCAACCAACACAAAGGUAUCACAUCUGUGUUAGAGCCCAAAACCUAGGUGGCUCCAGUGAAAGAAGUGAACCUGUCCUGAUACACACCACAGGCACCUGCUUCUACCUUAAUGAGGACACAGCCCAUCCUUUACUGGCAAUCCUAGACGACGGAUUUACAAUUUCAUGCGAUGAACUGGAAAACCCAGAGUGUGAUCUGCCCGUCUAUGAUAACAGCUUUACAAGAUGUAUUGCAAUCUUGGGCAGUCUGAUCCCAUUUCCAGGAAAGCAUUACUGGGAGGUGGAAGUUGAGGAAGAUACAGAGUACAGAACUGGCGUGGCUUUUGAGAACACUCCGAGACAUGGUCACCUGGGGGCAAACAAUUCAUCCUGGUGCAUGAGACAUAUCAUCACACCAUCAAGGCACAAGUACGAGUUCCUGCACAGCGGGAUGACACCAGACAUCAGAAUUACUAUUCCCCCUACAAGGAUUGGCAUCCUGCUGGACUACGAGAACUGCAGACUGUCAUUUUUCAAUGCAGAUAUUGCCCAGCACCUUUACACAUUCAACUCACGCUUCCAGCAUUAUGUCCACCCCUGCUUUGCUUUGGAAACACCUGGUAUCUUACGGAUACGUACUGGAAUUACAACGCCUCCAUGGACUGCCCUCCUAUAACCUGUGUUCUGCCGCUACCACACCUACAUCUGCCCUAAGCAAUGCCCUCUUUCAGCAUCAACUGCUCCAUCACACUCCCUGUAAACCAGCUGUUUCCUAACAAGAAGAGCAAAGCAACCCUGACCCAGAUCAACUGCCAGGCCUGAGCCCUUACAAGUUACAUCCUCUUAGGAAGGAUCUUAGCAGAAAGCCACUAUGGUCACAAGAUCCAUCAGCAUCUCAGAAUUCUCCACUUAGAAAGAGAUACCAUCCUUCUCAGAGGUGACACUGUCAUCAUGCAGCAGUGGCAGCUGGAUCAUUUGGGUGAUUACUUAGGUGACCCCAAUACCCAUCUGAUGCCCAGGGAACUUCCUAGUUCCAGAGCAAUCAUUAAUUCUACUCCUGAGGCUGCUGAAGAGCCAAACAUUCAAAGAAAAACAAAAAUAGCAAAAGGCAUGAACAGUGUACAGCUGCUAGAGCUGAAAACACUCCAACCAUGAAGCUGAUCUCACAAUCAAGUUUUCUUGUUGCUACAUGAAGCCUGUGACACGAGAUAAUCAAAUACGCCUCCCCUGUGUGUGAACUGUUAGUGCCUACAUACCCAGUGAGGCUUUCUGAAAUACCCAAGCGUGCACUACAGUCUCAAAUAUAAGACACUUUUACAGAA